AUGCUCCGACAGUCCCUGGCACGUUCGGCUUGGCGGACAAGCAGGCGGACCGCCAACACUUCACGGGCGUUUGCGACAACACCCAGGCGUCAGGCCGAGGUGGAACUGACUGUUGAUGGGAAAAAGGUCUCGAUCGAAGCCGGAUCUGCCCUCAUUCAAGCUUGCGAGAAAGCAGGCGUUACCAUCCCAAGAUACUGCUACCAUGAAAAACUCAUGAUUGCCGGCAACUGCCGAAUGUGCCUCGUCGAGGUGGAAAAGGCGCCCAAACCCGUAGCCUCCUGCGCUUGGCCAGUACAGCCCGGCAUGGUUGUCAAGACCAACUCUCCCCUCACACACAAGGCCCGUGAGGGUGUCAUGGAAUUCCUGCUCGCCAAUCAUCCUCUCGACUGCCCCAUUUGCGACCAAGGAGGAGAGUGUGAUCUUCAGGACCAGUCUAUGCGAUACGGAGCCGAUCGUGGGCGCUUCCACGAAAUCGGGGGCAAGCGAGCCGUGGAGGACAAGAACAUCGGACCCUUGAUCAAGACGUCGAUGAACCGUUGCAUCCACUGCACUCGAUGCGUGCGGUUCGCCAACGACAUUGCUGGUGCUCCUGAGCUCGGCUCCACCGGCCGCGGCAACGACCUGCAGAUUGGUACCUAUCUCGAGAAGAACUUGGACACGGAACUGUCUGGCAACGUAAUCGACCUCUGCCCCGUCGGUGCGUUGACUUCCAAGCCCUACGCUUUCCGCGCCCGACCUUGGGAGCUGAAGCACACCGAGUCGAUUGACGUCCUGGACGGCCUUGGUUCCAACAUCCGCGUUGACUCCCGUGGCCUCGAGGUAAUGCGAAUCCUCCCCCGCCUGAACGACGAUGUGAACGAGGAGUGGAUCAACGACAAGACUCGGUUUGCCUGCGACGGUCUCAAAACCCAACGACUGACCAUGCCUCUGAUUCGUCGAGAGGGCAAGUUCGAGCCUGCCGACUGGGAGGAGGCGCUCGCUGAGGUGGCCAGGGGCUGGGAAGCCAAGAAGCCUCGGGGCGACGAGUUCAAGAUUAUUGCUGGUGCCUUGACCGAAGUUGAGUCUCUGGUUGUCGCCAAGGACAUGGCCAACAAGCUCGGCUCCGACAAUCUUGCCUUGGAUACCCCUACCGGCAGCCAGCCGGUCGCACAUGGUGUCGACGUUCGAUCCAACUACUUAUUCAACUCUCGCAUCUGGGGCGUCGAGGAAGCCGACUGCAUCCUGAUCGUCGGGAGCAACCCCAGACACGAGGCUGCCGUGCUGAACGCCCGUAUUCGCAAGCAGUGGCUUCGGUCGGACCUUGAGAUUGGCGUGGUUGGCGAGACCUGGGACUCUACGUUUGAGUUUGAGCAUCUCGGGGCCGACCACGCCGCCUUGAAGAAGGCUCUGGCUGGCCCGUUUGGCAAGAAGCUGCAGGCCGCCAAGAGGCCCAUGAUUAUCGUCGGAUCCGGCGUUACCGAUCAUGCCGACGCCAAGGCUUACUACGAGACCGUGGGUGCCUUUGUCGAGAAGAACGCCGCCAACUUUGUGACCCCUGAAUGGGAUGGGUACAAUGUUCUUCAGAGAGAGGCCUCCAGGGCCGGCGCCUUUGAGGUUGGCUUCACCACCCCAUCUGCCGAGGUGGCCCAGACCAAGCCCAAGCUCGUCUGGCUGCUCGGCGCCGACGAGUUCAGCGAGGCGGACAUACCCAAGGACGCCUUUGUCGUGUACCAAGGCCAUCACGGUGACCGCGGCGCGCAAAUUGCCGACGUGAUCCUGCCGGGCGCCGCCUACACCGAAAAGGCCGGCACGUACAUCAACACGGAGGGCCGUGUUCAGACCACCCGCGCGGCCACUUCGCUGCCUGGUGCUUCCCGCACCGACUGGAAGAUCCUCCGCGCGGCCAGCGAGUUUCUGGGCGUGCCACUGCCAUACGACGACCUCACCGCCGUGCGGCAGCGCAUGGUGGAGAUUUCCCCGGCCCUGGCAGCCUACGACGUAGUUGAGCCCGUGGCUCUGCGGCAGCUCGGCAAAGUUCAGCUGGUUGAUCAGAACAAGGGGUCCAAGGCUACCGGAGAGCCACUGAAGAAGGUUAUCGACAACUUUUAUUUCACCGACGUUAUUUCUCGAAGUUCGCCCACCAUGGCUCGAUGUUCAGUAGCCAAAGCUACUGGCGACCCCAGGACGAAUUUGAUGGCCCCUGGAAUGGAGGAGGAUAGGCCACAGGGCCAGAUUGCUUACGGGUCGUAG